AUGGUUCGAUCUGUAACUGAGAUUGAUGGAUGGAUAGAAAAUUGGGUCUUGUAUGUAAUUAAUAUCAUCCUCUGUAUUGGAAUCGUCGGUAAUUUCCUCAAUAUUAUUGUUUUCGCCAAACUUAAGCUUUUUCGUGGAAACCGUUCUGCAUUCUAUUUGACUGCGGAAUCUGUUGUGAACAUAUAUCUUCUCUUCGAUACUGUGUUACCUAUGCUAUUUCAAACGAUUUAUCACGUUUAUCCUGAAAAUGUAUCGUUGCUUUGGUGUAAAUUGAAAACUACUCUAAAUCAAUCUGCGCGUCUUCUCAUCGGUUCAAUUGUUUGCUUCGAAGCAUUGGAUCAAUAUUUUUCUACACAUCACCGAUCACAUCUACGACAACUCAUCACUCUCAAACUUGCACGAUUCCUGGUCAUCUUCUCAGCUACUCUCUGGACUAUACAAACAAUUCCAUAUAUCAUCUUCUUUGACAUUGUUCCCUCGUUUGGCUGCAUCAUCACUAAUCAGUCUUUGGUUUACUACUAUUCAUACGUUUAUUACAUCUUUCUCAAUGGUUUGUUACCUAUCUGCAUUGCAUCUGUGUUCAGUUUGUUGGCUUAUCGAAAUGUUCGCCAUAUAAUUCGCCGUCAACUACCAAUCGAAAGACGCCGACUCGAUCGUCAAAUGACAGCAAUGAUCUUUGCGCGAGUGAUAAUGUUUGUUGUUGUAUCACUUCCAUACACAAUCUUUCGAGUCUAUAUUUUGAAUCUGAACGGAUUGGUGAUAGAUAGUGCUCACAUUGCGGUUAAUCAGUUAGCGCUCACAAUGGCAACGACAUUACUUCUUGGAAAUUAUUCGGUAAAACUGCUUUAG